CCAAUAUUUAUAUGCGAUAAGGAUAGGUAGAACUCAAGGCAUUGCAAACACAAUGACUUCUUCCAUGUCCUUCCUUGGACUCUCUUCUUCCUCCUCUUCUACUGUUAGCUCUCUGUAGUUUUACGAUGUAUUCUUGAGUUUUAGAGGAGAAGAUACUCGCAAUACUUUCACUACCCAUCUUCACCAUGCUUUGCUUCAAAAUGGCAUCCACACCUACAUAGAUGAGGACAAGCUUAGAAGAGGUGAUGAAAUCUCACCAGCACUUCUCCAAGCCAUUGAAAAUUCCCGACUUUCAAUUAUCGUGCUCUUAGAAAAUUAUGCAUCAUCUAUUUGGUGCUUAGAUGAAUUGCUCAACAUUCUCAAUUGCAAGAAAACAAAGCAACAAAUAGUUUUACCUAUAUUUUACCAUGUAAAUCCAUCAGAUGUACGAAAUCAAAGAGGUAGUUUUGGAGAAGCUUUGGCUGUAUGUGUAGGAAAAUUCAAUGAAGAUGUGAAGAAGGUGCAAAGGUGGAAGGCAGCCCUACAAGAAGUGGCCAAUUUGGCUGGAUACGAGUUGGAAAAUGGGUAACUCUAACCACUCUUGUGCCUUUCAUUGGAGAUUUGUUAUUAUUAUUAUUGUUAUUAUCAUUAUUAUUAUUAUUAUUAUUAUUAUUAUUAUAACACAUCAGUACUUGAGAAAAAUAAUUGAAAUUAUUUAUUUUCUACACCAUAUAACUAAAAUAUAGCUACGGAAUGCGCAAGCGUUACGAAAUCUUUUUGAAAAAAAAUAAGAUCUACUAUUAAAAAAUUAAUUUUGUUUCAUGUAAGUAUCAUAUUUACUUAUUUUUUUCAAAGAGAUUGCGUGGUACUUACACACUUCACGGCUACAAAUAUUUUUUCUAAAAAAAAAUAGUACUCUUGAAAACGGAAACAAAUUUAAGAAUGCAUGUAAAUGCAAUCAAGUGUAAAAGAUAUGAAUCUAACCAAAAAAAGAGCAUUACUUGUGGUCAACGCUUGUGCGAAUUGGGAUUUGGGGAGGGGGGAUUCUAUACCCUACAACCUACCACUUAAUUUUUAUUUUACUUUUGGUUGUGAGAAAAUAACUUAUUAGAUUGUGUUACUUGUUUUUCAUCUGAAGAGCCAGCUCAUUAAUUUAUUUGUAUGCAAGAAUGAAUCGAAAUUCAUCCAAGAAAUCGUUCAAGAGGUCUCUAGAAUAGUAAAUUAUUCAUAUCUAAACAACACAAAAUAUCUAGUUGGGAUGGAGUCUCGGGUGCAAGACAUUGAUUUGCUUUUAAGUAUUAGGAUGAAUGACAAACGCAUGGUGGGAAUAUUUGGAGUUGGAGGAAUUGGUAAGACAACUAUUGCCAAAAAGAUCUAUAACUCAAUUUUUUCACAAUUUGAUGUUCAUUGUUUCUUGACAAAUGUUAGAGAAACUUCAAACCAAGUGGGUGGUCUGGUCCAAAUGCAAAAUACACUCCUUAAUGGGAUUCUAAAAACCUAUAAAUGUUUUGAUGUUCGUAAUGUUGAUAGAGGAGUUUAUGAGUUAAAACGCAAACUUUGCUCUAGAAGGGUUCUCUUAAUUCUUGAUGAUGUGGAUAAGUUAGUCUAGCUAGAAACAUUAGCUGGAGAUCGUGAUUGGUUUGGUUUAGGAAGUAGAAUCAUUAUAACUACAAGAGAUCAGAAUUUAUUAAAUAACCAUACGGUUGAUUCAAAAUAUGAAGUAAAGAGAUUGGACCAAAAUGAAGCUCUUGAGCUCUUUAGUUGGCAUGCUUUUGAGGAAGAUAAACCUAUUGAAGAUUAUGUGGAACUCUCUAAGCAAGUAAUAUCAUAUGCUGAGGGCCUUCCACUAGCUUUAACAGUGCUAGGCUCAGAUCUAAGGGGUCAGAGUAUAAAUCAAUGGAGAAGUGUAUUGGAUAAGUAUAAAAGAAUUCCUAGCAAAAAUAUUCAAGAAGUACUCUAUAUAAGUUACGAUGGAUUGGAUGAUAAUGAGAAGGAGAUUUUCCUCGAUAUUGCCUUUUUUUUUCAAAGGACAACACAUGGAUUAUGUCGUUAAAAUAUUAGAUAGUUGUGGUUUCUCUCCAGACAAUGGUAUCAAAAGGCUUAUAGAUAAGUGUCUUAUAACAAUUACUAUUCACAAUACAUUGUGGAUGCAUGACUUGCUACAAGAUAUGGGCAAAGAAAUUGUUCGAAAGGAAUCACGCAAAGAACCAAGCACACGUAGUAGAUUAUGGUUUUACGAAGAUGUUCGCUAUGUACUAGAGGAAAAUGCAGGAACAAACAAUGUUGAGGGGAUAAAAGUGGUUCUGCCUGAGGGCGAUGAUCAUGACAUGAUAUGCUUGAGUCCCAAAUCGUUUGCAAAGAUGAAAAGACUCAGAUUUUUUAUAAGCCGUGGUGCACACUUUUCUGGAAGAUCACUUGAUUAUCUUUCUAAUGAAUUAAGAGUGCUUGAUUGGUCAAACUGUCCUUUACAAUCUUUGCCAUCUAAUUUCCGUGGAGAGAAGCUCAUUGAUUUUCAACUGUAUGGAGGCCGCAUCAAGGACAUUAGCGGCCAAUUUAAGAACUUGACGAUAAUGAAAUUUUCUGAGUGCAAGUUCUUAACCAAAAUCUCAAAUCUUUCAAGUUGCUCAAAUUUACAGGAAUUGGAUAUUUUGGGUUGUGAACAUUUAGUCGAAGUUCAUGAUUCUGUUGGAUUCCUGGAUAAGCUUGUUCGUUUGCGUCUUUAUCACUGCUCCAACCUGAAGAUUUUUCCAAGGCAUCUCAAGUUGAGAUCUCUACAAGUCCUUACACUUCAUAGUUGCUCUAAACUUCAAAACUUUCCAGAAAUCGAGUGUAAAAUGGAAUAUUUAUGUUUAAUCUCAUUAUUGGGCAGUGCAAUAAAAGAAUUGCCUUCAUCCAUUGGGUACCUCACUCCUGCGCUUAAAGAGUUAUUUAUGCCUGGACAAUGCACAAAACUUAUGCAUCUCCCUAGUAGCAUUCAUCAGUUGCAAAAUCUGACGGUGGUUUUUCAAACUGAUUAUGUUGGAUGCUUAACUGGGAUUGAAUGUUUAUCUAUAGAAGGCGGCAUGGACCUCAUGCGUUUUCCAAUUAGUGUUCCUCACUGGCAACAUCCAAAGAGUUUUUCUCUCGAUAAGUAUACAAAUCUUGCAAAAGAAGAAAUAAGUUUAACCAUGAGAUACCGGACUGAGCCUAAACAUUUCCACGUAACAACAUCCGGAAUGAUUAAGAGGUCUGAACCAGAAUCAAGUGCUGAAUUACUCCCGAUGCCGGUUUAUAAUUGGUACCUUCACGACUUUUCAUUUUAUUGCACAUCCACUUUGCAAGAGUUAGAUCUAUCUUGUUGUGAUAUUGUCAGCCUUCCUCUGGGCAUCGAAAUCUAUUUAGAAUUGAGGAUUCUCAAAUUGCAGCAUUGCGAGAAACUUCAAGAAAUUCUACUUCUUCCACCAAAUAUACAAGAGCUAUAUGCUAGUGAGUGUUUCUCCUUGGAAAGAUUCCCAGAAGUAUCAACAAAAUUUCAAUUCCAUACAUCAUGUGGCUUGCGAGACCUAAGAUGGAUUGAUUUGUCCGGUUGCCAUAAAUUGCUUGCAAAUAUAGGGAGUUAGGUGCCAAAUCCUUUAGUUGUUGAGGAACAUAUUCAGGACCAUUCAUGUGGUAUUAUAUUUCUUGGGCAUAAGAUUCCAGAUUGAUUUAGCCAUACUAAGGAGCCUUCAAAUAGAGAUUCGUGUGAAUUGAAUAUUUGUGGGGCCUUGUAUUUGGAUGAAAUCAUAGGUAUUGUUUUCUGUGCUGUUCUUGGAUCCAACUCGGAUGACUCCCCCUCCGGUAUCCGUGUUUCUAUAAAUGGUAACAUGCUGGUAGAAGCAAAUUUUGAAUUAUUAGGAGACUGCGAUCAUGUAUAUCUAAAUUACUCAUUUCCUGAAUGUACCGAGCAAUGGCUACAGUACCCAACAGGAGACAAUUUGAGGUUUAUAUUUGAUAGCAAUGAAGAAGUUGUAGUGGUGUUUAAAAGUUGCGGAGUUCACAUAAUCUAUAAGCAUGAAGAGAAUGAGAGUUUAAUAGUUGGGGAGUGCUCAGUAGAUUCAUCGAGUGGUAUCCAGAAGUAUCAACAAAAUUUCAAUUCUAUACAUCAUGUGUCUUGCGAGAGCUAAGAUGGAUUGAUUUGUUCGGUUGCCAUAAAUUGGUUGCAAAUAUAGGGAGUCAGGCGCCAAAUCCUUCAUUUGUUGAGGAACAUAUUCAAGACCAUUCAUGUGGUAUUAUAUUUCCAGGGAAUAAGAUUCUAGAUUGGUUUAGCCAUACUAAGGAGCCUUCAAAAAGAGAUUCGGGCGAAUUGGAUGUUAGUGGACCCUUUUAUUUGGAUGAAAUCAUAGGAAUUGUUUUCUGUGCUGUUCUUGGAUCCAACACGGAUGACUCCCCCUCCGGUAUUUGUGUUUCUAUAAAUUAACGGUAACAUGCUUGUAGAAGCAAAUCUUGAAUUAUUAGGAGACUGGAAUCAUGUAUUUCUAAAUUACUCAUUUCCAGAAUGUAUCGAGCAAUGGCUACGAUACCCAACAGGAGACAAUCUGAGGUUUAUAUUUGAUAGCAAUGAAGAAGCUGCAGUGAUGUUUAAAAGUUAUGGAGUUCACAUAAUCUAUAAGCAUGGAGAGAAUGAGAGUUUAACUGUUGGGGAGUGCUCAGUAGAUUCAUCGAAUGGUAUCUAACUUUGUAAGAGACGCCGAGAUGAUGAAGACCGCAACUUGGAAUUCAAUGGGUAUCCACAACACAAGAUGUGCUCUCAAAACUUGAGCAAUUCAAAUGUGGUUGUUGAUUUUGCAGAUGUUGAUGCUGAUUUCGCAGUAGCAGAAGGAGGCUCUGAGGGAAGUUUAAAAGAAGAAGAAGUACUUGCCUCUCGAUCUGCAUCCUAAGAAGGCCAAGCCAAUUCAGAGAAGCUGGCUUACUAGGCACUAGGUUGAAUCUGUUGCUCUCUUUUCUCCUCCUCAGCUUCUUGAAAGACUUUCAGCUUUACUAAAGCCUUGUGAAGAACCAUGCAUGGAACAUCAAAUUUAUCUUCAAAAACUGCUUUAUUUCUUCUGGACCAAAUACCUGCAAAUAUUACAAAUAUUUCUUCUAUUUCUUCUGAUUAGAACUCUGCUACAGUUUUUCCCAUAACUGGAAAAAUUAUAUGGAACUUAAUUAAUACGCUUUAAUUAGUUGGUUUAUUGGUUCUUAUAUAUAUAUAUAUAUAUAAUCGAAGUAUACCAGAAAAUCCAGUAGUUAAUAAUUCAACUGUCUCAGUUUGACUGAGAUUAUUGUGGACAUAAGCAUUUGCAACUAAAGACAUCUUAUUCAUGAUAUUAAAGAUUUCUUGUUCAGAGAAUCCGUCAAUAUUCCAUUCAUAAAUGUUGUAAAAAAAAUGAUAAACUGUGUUAUAUAUAUAUGUGUAUAUAUAAUUAAUAUGUUAGGUGAUCGUGGCAUUUUUUGAUAUUGGGGUAUUAAUUUGGAUUAAUUAAUUGCCUUUCUUGUAUUUCUUGGCACCACACAAAAUUAUAUUAUUCUUUCCUCUAAACAGACAUGAUGAAUUAAAUGAUGAGUCUCAGUCUCUCUAUACUGAAACCUUAAUUAAUUAAUUAGUAGUACUAUUAAUAAUCCUAUCAACCAAAUGCACAACUCAUGAUGACAAAAUUAUAAGUAAAUGCACGUAUAGACCUAAUUUCCACUUAUGUUUUCAUUGGAUACAAUUUUUCCAUUCACUCCAAAUUAAUUAAUGAUGAUGCGUGAAGUAUAUAUGUUAAUAGUUUAAAAAUAUAUAUCUUUUGUCAAAGCUUUGCAGGUGAAUUCUACUUUUGAUCAGUUGGCUGAAGGAGCUGAAUUUGAAGUUAGGAUUUGGAGCGCAAACGAAACCAUAACUUGUGUUCUUAGUCAGGACUGGAUGAACCAUUAAACAGCACAGGCGAUAUGCUGAAAUUAAGUUCACUUUAUUGUUUUAAAAAAAUCAAUUUAUAUAUGUACACGUGUAUGAUACAUGGCUUAAGAAUGGUUAUUGUUCUUCUUUCUUGCUCCAACUUCUCUGUAAUUGAACCUCUCUGAUGAAUGGUAUUUACU